AUGAGCAGCACCGGAGCUAUUCCUAAGGGUGGAGUGAGGCCUAAGACCUUCAUUCAUAUUUUAAUCAACAGAUUUUGGUCACAAGUAGUGUUUGACACAGCAGUCCAUGAGUGUCUGGAGUCCUACAUAACCAGUGGUCCAAGAUGGUAUGAUGACGACACAUUGGACCAUUAUUCACAACCAAUCGUAGAAAGUAUACACAAGCUGGUGUUCCUGAUAUAUGUACGAAUGGCUACCUUUAAGGAAUCUAAGACCUGUCACAUAACCCCUUCUGCAUUUGGUGAUAUUAUUUAUGAUAAUUUCCUUUUUGAUAUAUGCAAAUUGCUUGACAUUUGUGUUCUGUAUGGCCCAAACAAUUAUGCAUUGAUUGGAAAAAUGAUCUCGAACAUCUUUGCAAACCAACCCAAAUAUUAUGAUGAUCUUGAGCAGAUUAUGUCUUCCAUGAAUAUGGCUUUAGAAAAUAUUGAAGAGAAAUUGAAUGUUGCAGAGAAUUAUAUACCUGUUGCCCUAGGUAGUUCAGAAGGAGAGUUAUCGUUACCAGAUUUGCACGAUCUAACCUUAUACCUACUAGACACAUUCUAUUCUCUGCAAAUGCUCAUUUCUCUUCAUCCACCGGCAGCAAGAGUUUUCCAUAAAGCCUCAUUUGAAUUAAGGUUAUCAGCUUGUUAUGAAAGAGUCAUUCCAUCUCUAAUGGAGAACCUGAGUGACUGGUCUCAAGAACCAGAUCAUGCACUAUGGGCCACCAAGCUCAUUCAAAAGGUCCAGAUAGCUAGGGCAUCCAUGCUUGCAACCUUUAGAUAUAUUUUGCACAACAAAUGUAUAGCUCCUCUGAACACAAGUGAUAAACCAUUGUCAACUACAGUAGAAGGAUGCAUUGAGAAAUUUGUUCAAGUCAUGUCAACUUGCGUGGAAGAGAAAGUUUUCAUUUCUGACUACUGCUCAUUAUAUCCCUUGAGCAAAGAAACUGAAUUCUACCAGCAACAUGGAGGUGACAUCACAAAUCUUAGCUUUAUUACUGAUGCAGUGCAGUCAGUUCUCUUAGAGAUGGGAUUAUCAAAUGACUUGAAGGAACUAACACUACAAGAGGGAGCUGAGAAUUCAGUUGACAUAAGUGGCAUGAAUGGAUAUGCAGAGGUAGGCUCUUCAUUACCAACAGACAUAGAAAUGGCCUCUUUGGUGUCAAGUGUUCAAGACCUUCUUCCUGAUUUAGGAGCAGGUUUCAUCCAGGAAUGUCUGAAAUACUAUGGUUAUUCAUCAGAAGAAGUUAUCAACGCACUCUUAGAAGGCAACCUACCUCCAUCUCUUAUCACUUUAGAUCGCAAUAUGCCUGCAACUGAACCACCUCCUGUGGAACCACCUUUAGAAGAAAAGAGUGAGGCAAAAACUGACGCCAAGUAGGACUACAUGGACGGGGCCCAAGUUUUGACAAUGAUGAAU